ACACAAACUCUCUCCAAGAAAACCACCAAAUAUGAAAGGUGUCAUCAUCUUCUUCCUGCUAUCAUACGCAUCCUCUCACUUACCUUGCGCCUCACCGGUCAGUUUCACUCGCCGUCACCUCUCACAAGCUCCUCUAACUGAUCCUUCCACUUCAACUCCUACAGGCUUGCCUUUCUUCCCAGCUGACGGCUUAACCUCCCCUUCUCCUCCUCCUCCACCUCUUCCUACUCUCCCUAUGCCUCCUCCGGCUCCUCUCCCACCUUCCUCCCCCACGUACGCCACUUUUCCGGCGAACAUCUCCGCACUCGUCCUCCCUCGCUCCCCAAAACCACACACCGCUUCAAAAACACUCCUCAUCCCGGUUAUCUCCGCCGUUCUUGCCGCCGCAAUAGCCAUCGGAGUAGCCUUGUUUCUCUACGGAAAAUGGCGAGGGCAGAACCGUAAUUUCAAAGACGAUCCAAAGAGCGUAGUAGCUUCAGACAUAACUACAUCAGAACAAGCUCCAUGUCCCCUUCCAAGAAACACUGAAGACAAACUCACAGUGUCUUCUUCAACCUCCAAUGUUCUCUACCUCGGAAACGUCUCCACUUCCGGUUUCGUCAAACCGGAGUCACCAGAGAUCUGCCCUCUCCCUCCAUUGUCUUCUCGUAGCUUCCAACAACAAAGCUCCGAAGAAGAAGAAGAGGAAGAAGACGAUGACUUCUACUCACCUCUAGCUUCUAUAGCUGGUAAAGAAUCAAGAAAACAGAGUAACAACAACAACAAUCCAUACAGUGAUAACUACUCUUCAACCUCUGAUUCUCCAACAACGUCACCGUCCGUUAACAACAAGAGACACCACCACGUGUCGUCUCUGAGAAUGUUCACUCUCUGGAACCAGAAUCUCGGUUUCCCACGAAUCUCCUCUGCUUCCACUUCACCUGAGAGAGGAGGAGGAGGAGGAGGAGACGCAUACGCACGUUCCUCCAUGUACUCAUCAGUCUCCACCACUCCUGAUCGUUUCUUCUUCCGCAAGGUUCUCGAAACCUCCUCCUCGCCGCCGAGGUGGAACGACUUUAGUCGAAGUGUCAAGUCUUUGUUCCUCUCUUCCGCUUCUCCCGCUAGAGAUGAUUACUGUAUCAACAUCUCUGAGUCUUCAAGAAAUUUGAAGUCAAAAACAGAGCUUGAUGAUACAAAACAGAGUGUUUCGGUUGCUGUUCCGGCUCCGGAGGAGCGGCCACAGCUUGUGAUGCCGGCGCCACCACCUAUUGUGCCGCCGUCACAGUCUUUUAUGGUUCAGAAGUCUGGAAAGAAGCUGUCUUGGGAUGCAGGAACAGAGAGGUUAAAGACAAAGAUGAAACCUUUGCCUUGGGAGAGAGUACGAGCAAGUUCUUCUUGUCGGAAGAACACGUGGGAGAGUGUAAAGUUUAACUCUUUGAAUGGUAAUCCGAAGCAGAGAAGUCUUAGCUGUGAUCUUCCGAUGUUUAAUCAAGAGAGUAGAGUUUUGGAUCCGAGAAAGUCUCAGAGUAUUGCUUUUCUACUAACUACACUUGAUCUCGCUACAAAAGAUGUUUGCCAUGCCCUUCGAGAUGGUCAAUAUGAAGCGCUUGGAGUUGAGCUUCUUGAGAGUUUAUCAAGAGUGGCACCGAGUGAGGAGGAAGAGAGGAAGUUGAAGAGCUAUAGUGAUGAUGAGGAUUCAGUGAUCAAACUUGUUCCAUCAGAGAGGUUUCUCAAGGAAUUGCUUAAUGUGCCUUUUGUGUUCAAAAGGGUUGAUGCGUUGCUCUUUGUUGCUACUUUUGAAUCCAAGAUUGAACAGUUAAAACAAUCAUUUGGCGUUAUACAGGCUGCUUGUGAGGAACUACGGAACAGCAGAAUGCUGUUGAAGCUUAUUGAAGUUGUCUUAGAGACAGGAAUGAAGAGCGUGAAUGCUCACAGCUUCAAACUUGAGGCGUUGUUAGAUGGUGGAACCAAUCUCUUGCAUUCUGUUGUACAUAACAUCAUAGAAUCAGAAGGUAUCAAAGUGUUGCAAGUUGUCAGAGAUCUCAGUUUAGCACUUGUAGAUGUCAAGAAAACUGCAGAAAUGGACUAUGGUGUUCUAAGAAGCGACGUGGCAGAGCUUUAUCAAGGAUUCCAGAGAGUUCAGGAGGUUCUGCUACUGAGUGAUGAAGAACAAGAAUGUGGGGAAUUCAAGGAGACAGUGACCAAGUUCUUGGAAACCGCUGUAAAGGAGACUAAAAAGAUUGAAACAGAAGAUGGUUCAACGCUCUUUGCAGUGAAAGAGAUCACAGAGAUAUUCCAUGGAGAUUCAACAAAGGAAGAAGCUCAGCUAUUGAAAGUAUUCGUGAUCGUGAGAGACUUUCUGUCAAUUUUAGAUAUAGCAUGCAAUGAAAUGGAGGUGAACUGA